AUGAAAGUAACGGGUCAUCUGAACAAGUUGCUAAACAACAACGAAAAGAACAUUAAAUCUUUUGAAGAGAAAAUCAACCUUCUGUUUGCCAAUGUUAGGAACAAAGGUUCCGAAAUUGCGUAUGACUAUGCUCUUUUUGGAGAGUUGAAUCAUUGUGUAUACAAUUUGAGAUCAUCCAGAUCCAUGGAUAUGAUCCUCGUAUUCCUUGAUUCAACUUUUGACGCGUUCAUCACUCAAUUCAUUCAACCAAAAUUCAAAGUGGAUGACAAACUGACAAUUCCGAAUAUUGAAACUUAUAUUGAUACUUGGAAAAUAAUGUCCAAAGUUCAUUCAUGGUUGAGAAAACUCUUCAAAGCAAUGCAUGAAACUACCUUUCAUCACCCAGAAGAUGAUUUGAUGACCAAGUUUAAAACCAAUAUUGUCGAACAAGGAGAAAUCAAAAAACAACUCUGUAAAUAUGUUGUUGAAGAACUUGAAAAGGCUAAAUCAGAUCAGGCUUCUGAAGCUGCUGGAGAGAACUCAAAAACACCACCGCAAACACCUGCUCACACUAUUAUCAAGUCAUUUGUGGAAUUGAGUUAUUCCCUCCAGAGUUUUGAUGAAGAAUUCAAAAAUUUAGCUUCUAAUAUAUUCAUGGAGGCUGAAGCUGAAUACAUUAAGAAAAUUGGACCACCACAGGAAGCACCACGAAUGUCAUCUUCAUAUAUGCCAUCCUCAACUUCAAUGUACACGUACAAUGACUAUCCAUACAAGGAACAUUUUGUUGGAUUGAAAAACCAAGGUUCUCUAUGCUAUUUGAAUUCGUUGAUUCAAGUCCUUUACAAUAUUCCAGCAUUUAGAAGAAUAGUCUUUCAAUGGAGGUAUAACAAGGCUAUUCAUGGCGAUGAAGAAUAUUGCAUUUUAUUUCAGCUGCAACAUCUCUUUGCCAGAUUGAGAAUGUCAGAAAUGAAGGCUAUCGAGACUGUCAAUCUUACCAAAUCAUUUGGUUGGGAGAGAUCUCAAAGUUUUGAACAACAAGACUCUACAGAGUUUAUGAGAGUUCUUUUUGAAACAUUGAUUAACGAAAAACUCCCAAUUGAAGAAAUAUUUGAGGGAGAGUAUAGUGAUUACGUGAUUUGCAGCAAAUGUUGCAAUAUUGGAGGACGAAAAACAAAAUUUUUGGACCUUCAGUUGCCUGUUAGAGGAUUGAAGCAUUUGGAUGCAUCCAUUGCGGAAUUUCAAUUCGAGGAAUGCUUAUCAGGAGUGAAUCAAUACUUUUGUGAGAAGUGUAAUUGCAAAGUUGAUGCAAAGAAAGGUAUCAAACUAUUAAGAACUCCAGACAUUCUUAGUUUACAUUUAAAGAGAUUUGACAUUGAUUAUACUACAUUCUCAAGAAUUAAGUUGAACAACCAACUUGUAUUUCCUCACGUUUUGGAUAUGAACAAAUAUGUAAACAGUGCUGCUAGUUUUACCAGUAACGAAUUAGAUGUUGAAUCUUUAGAAGCCAAAUAUAACAUUUACACUCUUCAAUCAGUGGUCAUUCACUCUGGUAGCGCAGGUGGUGGUCACUAUUAUUCUUAUGAAAAGGUUGGAAACCAUUGGUAUGAAUUUAAUGACUCUACUGUUACUAAAAUUGAGGAAAGUCAAGUUGAGAAAGCAUUUGGAAGUGGUUCUUCUCACUCCAACGGUUACUUGCUGAUUUAUAUUAGAGAUGAACCAAUCAGUCAAGCACAUAGACAAUUGUUAGAAAUGACUGACGAACAAGAAAUUGAAACCAUUCCUUUGGACAUUCGAAAGGCCAUUGCUACUGAAAAUGAAAAUUAUCUCAAAGGUCAACGAGCGUACGAAUUCAAAAAGAAAAAAUUGGAGUUUACUGUACUUUUUGAUACUAUCAAGCAAAUUCCAACUGAAUUUUUGAGCUCCAAUGUUGAGACUCUCUUAUCGGAUAUUGAUUUCAAAAACUCGAGACAGAAUUUAUAUCUUGAGAAAGAUGAUGGAGAAUAUCUUCCAGAGGAGCAUGUCAGUAUUUUUGUAAGCAAAUUUGCAAAGGACAGUUUCGACAAGCCUUCACUCUUGACUGUAAAGCGAACAGCAUCUUUGGCUGAUAUCAAACAAUCCAUUGAAUCCCUAACCUCCAUUCCUGCCUCGCGCCAAACCAUUAUCGCAACGAAAUUUGUGAAUAAUACACCCAAGAAUUAUCUCAUGGUUGAGGACGACGACUUGAUGCUUGAAAAUGGAGACAAGAUCUAUGUGGAAGAGAAUAUUGAUAUAGAGAGUGAUGUUCAUCAGGAAUCCAAAGCCCUUGAAAAUUUAUUAACCAUUCAGAACACAAUCUCAUUGACUGUUGAAAAUUCGAACAAGGAGAAAUUCCCAAUUACCAUUGAUCGAAGACAGCCCAUUUAUUUAUUGAAGGAUUUAGUCUCUCAAAUAUUAAAUAAGGAAGCUGAAACCUUUACGUUGGCAUUUGGAGACAGCUCUCCAGAAGAUAUGCACAUUUUGGACAAUCUCGACGAUAAGAUUAGUUUCCAUUUAUUUAGUGGAAGUACAGUGAGAGUUGUUGAACAACAUCAACUUGUUAAACCAACAUUCAAAUUGACCUUUUAUAUGGAAGAACCUGUGGAGCACCAUCAUCCUUCGAAUCAUUUCGAUCAUUAUGAAUUGGAUCAUCGAAUGAUGCUGGACAUGGACUAUUGUGCUGCUGCCUACCCCAAUAGACCCAUGACAAGAGGCCUCAAACGAGCUGCCUACAAUAUGCUACACGCUCCAGAAAUGGCAGAUGCAGCUGACAUUGAACACAUGUCUAUUACCACUAGUAGAAAACAUUCAAAGGAUAUCAUCUUUGAAGAUGAACAUGGAAAGCCAAUUCAUGCAUCACAUCGACGAGGAAACAAAUUUAAAAAAUUGUUUGAUUUGACUCUCGAUAAGGAAACUUCAGUGAAAGAAAUUAAGGAGUUUAUAUUCAACAAAGCCAAAGAAGAGAAAUCAGAUAUUAUAAAAAAGAAGGACACUUCUGACAAUGUGAGAGUGAGAGAACGCCUGGAUAAUAGAGAUUAUGCAGGACGUAUCCUUCGAGAUGAGGAAAAACCCUUCUAUUCUUUAAGUGGUAGUAAUGGUGGUAAUAGCAGUUCUAUUCUAUCGACAUCUUCAAGACAAGUCAUUAUUGAACGUCAAGAUCAAACCUCUAUUAUUACUUCUGAAGAUGUUGUGAUCCGAGUGGCUCGAUUUAAACCAUCAUCAUGGAGCAUGAGUGCCAUUCGAGAAAUUAUCAUUCAAAAGAGAACAUGCAACCUUUUCCAAUUGAAACAAAUCAUUCUUGGAUUGGAUGAUAAGAUUUCUGAAGAGCAUUUGAAACUCGUGAAAAUACCUCAUCAACUCAAUUCCUACCUUAGAGACACGAAUUACAUGAUGAAACUCUCCUGGAAUUCAAAUUUGAGUGAUGAAUCACUUGUGUGUCAAGAUCCAUGGUUCGUAACCGAUUGUGAUAUGAUCUUGUAUAAGGAUGAUCGAGAGCAAAUACCAGAUUACAUUUUGGAGAAUGGAACUUUGAAUGGAGAUGAACAUAUGCCAGCAGCUGCAAGAGGUUCCAAUGGAAGCAAACCAUCAAGAGAUCAUGAACAAGGUAUUCGUUUUAGAACGAAAGAAGAAAUUGAACUCAAAAGAAAAAAUCUAGCCAUGGACAACAAUGGAGAUGCUCUGAAUGGACAUGACAUGACUGAUGACGAUCCUGAUGAUACUUACCAUAACACCACAGGAAGAGGAUUGGGAGGCUCGAAAAAAGCCAAAUUAUGCUAA